AUGGCUUUACGAUACCUGCUCGUCUACAUACUGUUGGCCUCAACCCGUGUGCUGGCGAAGGGUGAUCCAAGGAGUUCUAUUUCACGCAGAAUUCCGUAUGCUAGUAACUGCUCCACGGUAAUAAUGCAGCAACAUGGAGUUAAGCGUCUCUACGGGACAAAACAGCUGAAUGGCGCGCACAUCAACGUGGGGUUCACUAGAUGGACGAUGGACGAUUCAAUAUUUUUAUUUUCGACGACGAUGUUAGAGGAUUUGAGCAAGUACCUAAACUUCACGCUGACUCUGCGUACAGACUUCACGCUGCAGGAAGCACUCACGGCGUUGGAAAACGGUCAAGUUGAUAUGGACAUUUCUUUAUUGACCCGUACACGCAAACGCGCGCAAUUAGCGCAGUUCAUAACACCAAUGAUAAAUAGCUACUAUGUGGCUAUUAUUAAAAAACCACAGGAGAAGAUGACCAUGAUCAAUUUUCUUGGUCCAUUUGACGUCUACAUCUGGCUAUGUAUGAUUUCAUAUCUAUUUGUAACGGCAUCCAUUGUGACGGUUAUAUCGAGAUGGUCACCAACGGACAAUGAACAUAAGGAAAAUACCGAAUCAACGCACAAUCCAGGCUACAAUUUGGUCUACAUGUCUGGCUCUUUCCUAUUCCAAGGCGGAAUCAGCUUACCUCGAAAACAUUCAUCGCGAAUACUACUGUCUACGUGGUGGCUCUUUGUUGUUGUCAUCUGUGCAUUAUACAACGGAACACUUGUCAGUUUUCUAGCUGUGCAACCAAAGCUUACCUAUCCGUUUAGGACGGUGCGCGAGCUCUCCCUUCAUCCCUCGAUCAUACCGACCACAGUCGAAGGGUGGUCAGUUUUGGAAAAGCUGCAGCGGCAGCCUUCUCAUUCUGAUCUGGGAAAAAUCUGGCAGAAGAUGUCCGCGGACAGCCGGGCACUGGCGAACAGCACGGAAGCUUCACUCAAUCUCGUUCUCAACGGAGACUAUACAUUUCUCCACAGCAUCAUCGGCGCUGAUGCUCUUUUUCAAGCGGAUUACGCGUUAACGGGAACUUGCAGACUAGCCAUUGCUCCUUUGAAAAUACACGUCGGCGAAAAUGCAUGGAUCGUGCCGCACAAUAGUUCAUACGAGCAGGGCAUUAGGAUAGGUGUACAGCGGUACUCGCAGAGCGGUCUUUUCAAGCGACUGCGCAAUCGAUUCCUCUCACGCUGGCCUCAGGAAUGCACGCAUGAAAAGGGAAUUAGGGUAGAAGCUCAGCGUCUUGGCAUAAACAUCAUGUCGGGAAUUCUACUCGUACUGCCGAUAGGAUUAGGCCUAUCGCUGGUCUGUAUUCUUCUAGAGUUCGUCGUAAUGAAGUGGAAGGGGACCGUUAAGUGUCGAUAUCGCGGUUGGCGUAGUAAGCUAGGUGUGUAA